AUGUCUUUACAAUACAGCUAUAAUAAUUUUUCACGGAAUUUCCUACAAUCCACGUAUUCACCGAGUUAUGAGAACUAUGCAGUUUGCCCUGUCGGUGUACUAUUUCUUUUAUCGGCACUUCUGGGGUCAACUGGUAUUCGUCAAAAUACUGCUAGACAGGUGGCAUCCACUCUAAAUAUAGAAAUGCAUCCUCCUCUGUUGAGGACAAGAAAAGCGAGGAAUAUGUAUUUACUUUUGAAGAAGAGUCUAUCGGCUGAGAGGACAAUGAUCAAUGCAACAAAUGAGAGUGUAGUCAAUGUUGAAACUGGAGUAUUUCUAAGGAAACAAUAUCAUUUCAAAAAGCCUUUUCAACAUGUGAUGAAAAAUGACUUAAUGUGUGAAGUGGAAAAUUUAAAUUUUAAGGAUCAAAACAGGUCAAUAAAAAGUAUCAACGAAUGGGUAAACAACAAAUCUAACGGACUGAUCAGUGAAUACUUCAAAGAUCGUUCGGAACUGCCUACAGAUACACGAUUAGCCUUGAUCAAUGUGGUGACUUUCAAAGAUGUUUGGCAGAAGAAAUUCGAUCAAGCAUAUACUCGGUCUGACAAAUUCCAUGUAAACAAAUCAGAGAAGAUUGAAGUUGAAUUUAUGUCCGUUCAUGAAACUGUUGGUUAUGCAAGUUUCGGAAAACUUGGUUUCCGUAUGAUUAGUAAGGAAUUCAAGAAUUCGCGGUUCACAUUUAUUGCUGUCCUACCCACAGUGAAGUUCGAAUUGCACAAAAUUCUUAGUCUACUGAAAGGAGAACGUAGACUACCACUUUUUGUCGACAGAUUAAAACCAGAAUUUUUGCACAUACUAUUGCCUAAAUUCAAGGCAGAAAAUUCUAUAAAUCUGAUUGAGAUAAUGAAAAAGAUGGGAAUAACUGAUAUGUUUGAUAGUCGUAGAGCAAACUUAUCAGGUAUCACAACUUCUGAAAAGUUGAAGGUGGAUUUCCUAAGUCAGACAACAGUUUUGAAAGUUGAUGAAAAGGGUGUUGAAGCAGCGGCAGCCACAGGAAUGUAUUCACUUGGUCGUAGCUUCAGGGUGUUUCAUGCUAAUGUAACAUUCCAUGUAAAUGAGCCAUUUGUUUGUUUCAUUUACGAUAAAGUUUUGAGAACGCCAUUAUUCGCGGCUUUGAUCAAAAAACCUCAAACAGUUGAAACAAUGGACUAUUAUGACGAGUAUUAUGAUGAUAACUAA